AUGGCUGUCUCAUCUAGUCAUGCCAUCCGAGCUUGGAGGCUCGUUGCAGGUCGAGGCCCGGGAAUGUCGAGACGAGCUCCGCUGGUACAGCAGCAUGCUUUUCGAGGUUAUGCUACGACUCUGGAAUCAGACGACAAAGGGUUAAUCCUCAAGGUCAGCGAUGGCGGAAGCCCGAGUCUGAAGCGAUUAUCACAGUUUUGGCUCCGAACUGCUGGCUUCUUCCGCGCUGACCACUGGCCGAAAGGGUCCGAUUCUCACCAGAGCAGCUACACCUGGUCGUGGCUGCGGACUGCAUUGAGUGGUGUCGAAAACAAAAAGUUAAAAGGCCCGACUAAACAAACGCUCUGGAACGCUUCCAUAGCAUCCAACCCCCCAGAAGUGUCAUUCGAUAGCGUCAUGGCAAAGGGUGACAGCUCUGGGAUGGCUGACUUGACCGAAAAGAUUCAUGAUUACGGUCUAUGUUUUGUCACCAACACGCCCGUGACACCCGAGGCUACGAAUGAACUUCUAGAGGCUAUUGGUCCCAUUCGCAAUACCCAUUAUGGGGGUUUCUACGAUUUCAUCCCAGAUUUGGCCAAGGCUGAUACGGCUUACACCAACUUAGCCCUCGCGGCGCAUACUGACACAACGUACUUUACUGAACCGGCUGGCCUACAAGCUUUUCACAUGCUGUCUCACACGCCGCCGCCCAACAGGUUAAAUGAUGACGGCAGCUUGGGCGGCAAAUCCUUUCUCGUGGAUGGAUUCUACGCCGCCCAUAGGCUGAAGAAAGAAUUCCCCGAGUCGUACGAGAUUCUUCGAGCCGUCAGACUGCCCUGGCAUGCAAGCGGAAACGAAGGCGUGGCCAUUACGCCUGACAGAGCAUAUCCUGUGAUUGAAGCGUCCCCUUAUAGAAUUCAUCGAGUGCGCUGGAACAAUGACGACAGAGGAGUCGUUCCCGCGACUAUGGAUGUGGACAAGUGGUACAGUGCAGCUCGAAAUUGGGACCGCAUUUUGCGGCGAAAAUAUAAUGAAUACUGGUUCCAGCUUGAGCCGGGUCGAGUUUUGAUCUUUGACAACUGGAGGAUUCUCCAUGGCCGAAGCGCUUUCGAAGGACUUCGUCGUAUCUGUGGCGGGUAUAUCAACCGCGAUGACUUUAUCUCUAGGUGGAAGACCUCCAACUUCCCCAGCAGUGAGGUCAUUGCAGCAAAUAUGCAGCUCAAAUAG